CGCGCCAUAUCUGGACUGCGGCCUUUACCAUUUGACAGAGUGGAGCGACGAUGCUCAGGCUAGGCUGGGCUCUCACCACCACCUCAGCACAUCCUCGCACGUCCAGCAGCCACAGCAUCUGCUCGCUUUCAUCCAGCCGCGUCAUCCUCCUCGUAGUCUCGCGUGCCAGACAUCCAUCCGCAGCUGCGCUACCAGCAUGAGCCGUCCCCGCCGCUCCACCCUCGCACCCUCGCUGCGCAUCGGCCUGUACGCGCUCGACGGCGCACAGCGUCUUGUGCUCAACACACUCGGCAUCCUGAGCGUGCUCAUCGUCGCGGGGCCGCUGUGUGCUCUGCACUUCGCGCCGCAGUCGCGCGUGAUGGACUGGGUGACGAUCCACUUUACGCAACUGAGCUGGGACUCGAUGGACCAGCUCGAGAUCGCAGAGGAGAACAUGCUCAGCGACCUGAUGCUGCGCAGGCUCUGUCCGCAGCCGCCGCGCCACAAGCCGCGCCCGCAGCUGCUUUCGCGCGACGACUCGGGCAUCUACCUUCCCGACGAGGUCCUGGCGACCUGAGCGUGCUGCGCUGCUCCCAUCUUCGCAUCUUCGCCCGCUCCACUGCGAGCCGUACAUGCGACACACUCGCGCAUCCCUCCUCCGCGCAGAUGCUCCCAUCGUUGGCCCUGCUUCCGCCAUGCUGCGUCACCCGCCGCGCAUGUUCCACACUCGCGCAUGGCUCCGUCCACCUAGAGUGACCCCGCUACAUACCUACGCCACGCUCAUGGCCCCACGCAUUCCCGCACCCGCUGUCGCUCAUAGACGUCGCGUCCAUCCCUCUCAUAGAUGCCGCAGCCCUCAUGCCCUGACAAUGCAUAUCACG